AUGUCAAAAGUCUACCCCUUACACUACACAUUCGAUCGCAAAAGUCCCUCGCAGAAAACCAUCCGAGGAGGAGACAUAAGUAACUACAUCCCGCUCCAAGCGGGUCGAGAAAACAACGAGGAUCCCACACCAUUCGAUGUAUUGCAAUGGCUCUCAACAUUCUACGAACAAAAAGUUCCACCACUCCCCGUAGUUCGCGACAGCGAUUUCGACGAAGUGCCAGAUCAGCGUCUUCAGGAAACCAUGGAGGAAUAUCAACUAGUGACACCUACUGUGAAAAAAAGGGCUUUGAAUCCUUUUAUUGAAACUGAGGUUAAGGGAUUUCCGUUGAUUGAAGAUACGAUAUUUAAUAUUGUGCGGAGCUAUCCUGCUGAUGAGCAAUAUAAUGGAGCGCAUAAUUUAACAUGGACGAUAUCCAAUUCGUACUAUAGAGCUGGUGUGUAAAAUACUCCUAAAACUGCUCCUGAGGAAGGAAUUGCAUAUUAACGAUAUAUGAUCAUAGUGGCAUGGUGUAUAUACGGAAACUGGGAAUUAUGGCCGCACGUAAAAGCGCAACAUAGGGCAUAUGUGAAUCGAGUAUUGGAAGAUGAACAGCAUCCACGGCACGAACUAGUGAAGGAACUAAACACAACCCGAAAAGGCAAGAAUAAUUUAAAUCUGAAAGAGAGAUUAGGGAUACCGUAUUGUGGGAUCCGACACGAAGACAUCCAACAAAUAAGCGCAGAUAUGUAUGGAGUCCUCUUAGUAAUAUUCACAUACCGACCACAGGGUGGAGCAAUCGAAAGACGGGGAACAGUCGUCGAUCAAACCGAACGACAUUAUGCGCCUACGAUACGAGGAGAUUUCAACCGACCGCACAAAUUCAUCCGGCUAUCAAUCGGGACCAUGCCUAAGAAAUUCCAACAAAAUCCCGACGCGCAUCUCUUUCCCAUCUGGCAAAUCUACGAACCGAUGAUAUUGAACAUGGCAGCACCGGCUCGGGCAUCAGAUUUCAAAUACAUCAAGCCCUCGUAUGCGAAUACGAAGGCAUCGAUGCCAGAGGCCGGAAGUGCGGAACUUUGCGAUGGGUUUAAACAUCCUUGGAGACGGAUUUGGGGUGAUAGGGGAAGUAUUCCUCCGCCGCUUACGCAGCCUGCGCUUUGGCCUGCGGGGAUUCCCUUACCGAAGUCGGGGGAUUUGGGGAUUGCUUUGGGGUGUAAAUUUAUACGGGGAGAUCCGGAUAAUUCGGUGGAAUGGGCGGUUGAAGAUGAAGAUUUGGAGUGGAAGGGGAUAAGACCGGAUGUGAAAAAUGAGGUUAAGAAGGAAAUUGAGGUUAUUAAUUUAGAUGCUUAA